AUGUCGUAUAUGCUCCCCCAUUUGGAGAAUGGAUGGCAGGUAGAUCAAGCCAUCCUAGCCGAAGAGGACCGCGUCGUCGUCGUUCGAUUCGGACACGAUUGGGAUCCGACAUGCAUGCAAAUGGACGAGACACUCUUCAAAAUCGCGCCAAAAGUCAAAAACUUCGCCGUCGUCUAUCUCGUCGACAUUACGAAAGUGCCGGAUUUCAAUAAGAUGUACGAGUUGUACGAUCCGUGUACCGUCAUGUUCUUCUUCCGAAACAAACAUAUUAUGGUCGAUUUGGGAACUGGUAACAACAACAAAAUCAACUGGGCGGUCACCGACGGACAGGAGCUCAUCGAUAUCAUUGAGACCGUCUAUCGAGGAGCACGCAAGGGCCGGGGUCUCGUCAUCUCACCAAAGGAUUACUCCACCAAGUACAAGUAUUAA